CGCCAAUCCGACAAGUUUGCCGAAAAUCGCGAUACAAACAAAAUUCUUUCACUUCACAAUCAGCCAUCAAAUCAACUUCCAGGCUGUACGAAAGAAUAUAAUAAUAAUAGUAAUAAUAUUAAUAAAAAAAAUAGUUCUAAAACAACAACAACAACUGUGCGUGCGAAAACGAAAACAUUUACAAAAACAAAAAAUAAACGAAAAUUACUAUUAAAAAUUGUACAUUAAUUGAUCCUAACGAAUAUACAAACGACAACUUAGAGUGUUGUCUAAAUAUCGACUUUAUUUACAAACAAACAAUCCAACCAGCCACACCCCCCCUCAACGAGCACUGCUCAGCCGAAUUGCAGCGUGUACAAUCCAUUCAUCUUCCAUCCAUACGCAGGGAAAGAGUUUUUUGUAACGGAAUUAGUGUCUGCAAUUCGCUGAAGGCUCGCCAAGCGCAAGGACAGCGAACGGCUUUGAGGAAACCUACUAACCCCCCCUGGCAAACAGAGUUUUUGCGGAGAGGUAAUUAAGAUAAGAGCAGCAAAAACAAGGAAGCUAAACGGACCCUGUGAACCAGUAAAUAAAAAGCGACUGCUGAUCAUGGGUACCGGCAUAGAACAGAGACCAUGGACACCGACUGUACGCCGCGGCAAAAUCGCCGCGGAGACUGCUAGUCCGGGACCAGCGUGUGUGCAAUUACCAACAUUAGUCGGCAAAAAGGUGCCCGAUUCCAAGAAACCAGGUGCUCCAGCAUUUACUUUUGGCCAAAAACAUCGUAGUAACUUCGAUUCCAUUGGGCCUGGACCAGCACAAUAUGAUGUCACUGGCUUAGGCAUGAAAGGCAAGGCGACACCCCCCGCAGCAAGUUUACGUAGCCGCCCCAAAGAUAAGGCACUCUUCAAAACGCCCGCACCUGGUGAAUACGAUGUGGAUCGUGCGGCAAAGGCGAUCAUCGAUGCAACGCCCAAAUAUUCUUUCGGUCAAAAGCCGCCAAAGGAGAAGCCGAGCUUAACGCCUGCGCCAAAUAGUUACCGCCCUGAGGUAUCAUUUAUUAAAAGAAAAUCACCGAGCUACACAUUUGGUAGAAGAACAAAGCUCAGAGCCAAUGAGAGAACUCCAGCACCUGGCGAUUAUCAACCAGAGAAAGUUCGAUUCGAUCACAGUCCUGCAUUCUCAAUCUCUAGCAGAUAUGAGACCAAAGUACUCAACGAUUCUCCAGCGCCGAGCGCAUAUUGUCCUGAGAAGGUGCGUUUGAAUACCACUCCGGCUUAUACAAUAGGCGGGAAGCAUGAAACCGCCCAAAUUAGUGAAACUCCUGGUCCGGGAGAUUAUUGUCCGGAGAAGGUUCGACUAAAUCAUACCCCUUCCUAUUCUAUUAGCGGUCGGCAUAACUUCAAAUCGGCCAAUGACACACCUGCCCCUGGCGCCUAUUGUCCGGAGAAGGUGCGCUUAGAUCACACCCCAGCAUAUUCGAUAGGAGGAAAAUACGCAGAAAAAAUCAGCAAUGAUACUCCUGCUCCUGGAGAUUACUGUCCGGAGAAAGUCAGACUAGAUCACACACCUUCCUACUCAAUGGGUGGUCGCUACGACCUUACAAAGCCAAGUGACACCCCCGCUCCUGGAGACUAUUGUCCCGAGAAGGUUAGACUGGAUCAUACCCCAGCUUACACAAUGGCAGGAAAACUCGACCAGAAAAUCAGCAAUGACACACCUGCUCCAGGAGACUAUUGUCCUGAGAAAGUCAGACUAGAUCACACACCUUCCUACUCAAUGGGUGGGCGCUAUGACCUCAAAAAGCCAAGUGACACCCCCGCUCCCGGUGACUAUUGUCCUGAGAAGGUUAGACUGGAUCAUACCCCGGCGUACACGAUGGCAGGAAAACACGAUCCGAAAAUCAGCAAUGACACACCUGCUCCAGGAGACUAUUGUCCUGAGAAAGUCAGACUAGAUCACACACCUUCCUACUCAAUGGGUGGACGCUACGACCUCAAAAAGCCAAGUGACACCCCUGCUCCUGGUGACUAUUGUCCUGAGAAGGUUAGGCUGGAUCAUACUCCGGCGUACACGAUGGCAGGAAAACACGAUCCGAAAGUCAGCAAUGAGACACCUGCUCCAGGAGACUAUUGUCCUGAGAAAGUCAGACUAGAUCACACACCUUCCUACUCAAUGGGUGGACGCUACGACCUCAAAAAGCCAAGUGACACCCCUGCUCCUGGAGACUAUUGUCCUGAGAAGGUUAGGCUGGAUCAUACUCCGGCGUACACGAUGGCAGGAAAACACGAUCCGAAAGUCAGCAAUGAGUCACCUGCUCCAGGAGACUAUUGUCCUGAGAAAGUCAGACUAGAUCACACACCUUCCUACUCAAUGGGUGGACGCUAUGACCUCAAAAAGCCAAGCGACACCCCUGCUCCUGGAGACUAUUGUCCUGAGAAGGUUAGGCUGGAUCAUACUCCGGCGUACACGAUGGCAGGAAAACACGAUCCGAAAAUCAGCAAUGACACACCUGCUCCAGGAGAGUAUUUCCCUGAAAAGGUUAAUUUGCACAAUACACCCUCAUACACAUUCGGUGGCAAGCACGUACAGAACCUUGAUCUCUCAACACCAGCCCCUGGAGAAUAUUCGCCAGAGAAGUUUCGUUUAGACAAUGCACCUGCAUUUACUAUAGUCGGCAGACGCCGGCAAACAAUAACCAUAGACACACCAGGCCCUGGUGAUUACGCUCCCGAGUCAGUAAAUCUGGACCGUUCACCCGCCUUCACCAUUCUGGGUCGAAGAGAGGACCAUAAAAUAAGCGAUACACCAGCUCCGGGUGAAUAUUACCCUGAAAAGGUUCGUCUAGAUCAUCAGCCAGCAUUUACCAUUAGUGGGAGAAAACACCUUAGCCACAUAGAACAUACGCCGUCUCCUUGCGAAUACAAACCCGAAGAAUGCAAACUUGACCAUGCACCAGCUUACACUUUCGGCAUGAAGACCAACACCAAACUUAGAAGCGAAUCACCGGCGCCAGGACAAUAUGAGUUUGAGAAAAUUAAUUUGGAUCGAGGACCAGCAUAUACAUUUGGCUUAAAAGUGACACGGGAAGUGGUCAGUGAAACCCCAGCACCCACUGCAUACGAACCAGAAAAACACUCCCUCGAUCACACGCCCUCCUUUACUUUUGGUGUUAAGCCCAAGGAGAAGAUCUCCUCAUGUACUCCAGCACCGGGUCACUAUCGUUCCGAAAACUGUAAAUUAGACUCAUCACCUGCUUUCACGUUUGGCCUCAAGGUGCGGCCCAUGCCAGCACUGCCAAAGGGCGCUUAUGUUGAAGAUCGCAUUUUACAAAGACGAGAACGCCGCUUAGCAAGCCCUGUACGCACCAAUCAAGCUCAGCAAAGAGAUAACGAUGAGGACGCAAAGUCCGACAUAACGGUUACCUUAACCGAUAGUUGCACCAAUAAUGUUGAAAAACGCACAUCUGCCGCCAAUCUCAGCACAACAAUAACAAGGCAAAAAAUGGACGCGCAAAGUGCUAGCGUCGGCAGUCAUGAAACGAACAAAUCGAUUCGCAAGCAAAACGGUGGCAGCACAAAAACAAUCACCACACAGAACUAUACCAAGGGGACGGUGAGCAAUGGCACUGCAGAUCACUCAUCCGAUAGAGGUUCUAAUGUGACCACGACUACUGUCACAACAACGACCCGUUCGAUUACUAACGGUGUUUCGGAUAAGGGUAAGAAAGUUUGUACUGCGCAUGGCAAAGCCGACGCGACAGCGUCAAAGUCUGUGGAUUCGGACACCAAGACAGUAGUGCACUCGGAUGGCACCGCUGUUACAACAACUACGUCAACGAAAACUUCGUCAGUUCAAUAUGUCGUGGAGGCAAAUGCCACACGUGAAAAGAUUAUAAGCCCCUAAUGUAUAUAAAAUCCCCACCGUCUUGGGUAUUAGUAAAGAGGGUCCAAUUCGUUCCGCACCGGCUUUCACAAUGGCUGGCAGACAGAAACCACGUCUAAUACCAGCAUUACUGC